GGGUCUCGCGUGUCUUCUGGCAGCCGAAGGAGGCGCAAGCCUUUUGCGCAAAGGGCCGCCCCACCCUCUCCUUGCUGGGCAAGGCGGUGUGUGGCUGAGAUCCUUGGCGAGAUACCUUUUCGGAGAGGGGGGCGGGUGCUCCCUGCAGACAGGGGCAGGAUGCAACCGGGCAGGCCGGCCGAGCGGAGGGAGGAACUCUGCCGCGCUGGGUGGUGCAAACUACGGGAAUGCUUUUAGCCCGCACCAACAUGGCUGCUGCCUUUCGAGCUGCAAACCGGGCAGCGCGCCCAUUUUCAGAAAACAGCUGCGGUCCAGCAAGAAUCCAGCUACAAUGGAGAUGCCAGUCAACCGCAACAGCAGCCGUCCAGGUCCAAAAACCCAAGCCUCAAACUGAGCCUGAAAAGAGGAAACCGAAAACAGGGAUCUUGAUGCUGAAUAUGGGAGGCCCAGAGACUCUGGGAGAAGUCCAUGAUUUCCUCCUUCGGCUGUUUCUUGACAGAGACCUAAUGACGCUUCCAGUUCAAAAUAAGCUCGCGCCCUUCAUUGCAAAGCGGCGCACUCCGAAAAUCCAGGAGCAAUACAGUCGGAUUGGAGGAGGAUCGCCUAUCAAGAAGUGGACGGCGGCACAAGGAGAGGCCAUGGUGAACCUGCUGGAUAAAAUGGCUCCUCGCUCUGCUCCCCACAAGUACUAUAUUGGUUUCCGGUAUGUCCACCCCCUGACGGAAGAAGCAAUUGAGUUGAUGGAGGAAGAGGGUAUCGAAAGGGCCGUCGCUUUUACCCAGUAUCCGCAGUUCAGCUGCUCGACCACAGGGAGCAGUCUAAAUGCCAUCUAUCGCUACUACAACACGAAAGGGGCAAAGCCAAAGAUGAAGUGGAGCACCAUUGACCGGUGGCCGACGCAUCCCCUUCUCAUUCAGUGUUUUGCAGACCACAUCCAGAAGGAGCUGGACUUAUUUCCCCCCGACAAGAGGAAGGACGUUGUGAUACUUUUCUCUGCUCACUCCCUGCCCAUGUCUGUAGUGAAUCGAGGCGAUCCGUAUCCGCAAGAGGUGGGAGCUACGGUCCAGAGGGUAAUGGAGAAACUCAACUAUUCCAACCCUUACAGGCUCGUGUGGCAGUCUAAGGUGGGCCCUAUGCCUUGGCUGGGUCCUCAGACGGAUGAGACCAUCAAAGGGCUCUGCCAAAGGGGGAAGAGGAACCUUUUGUUGGUUCCAAUAGCGUUCACCAGCGACCACAUCGAAACGCUGUAUGAACUGGACAUUGAAUAUGCACAGAAGUUAGCCAAUGAGUGUGGGGUUGAAAACAUCAGAAGAGCAGAAUCUCUGAAUGGAAAUCCACUGUUUGCCAAGGCACUAGCAGACCUAGUCUUUUCGCAUCUGCAGUCAAAUGAAGUCUGCUCCAAACAGUUAACUCUCAGCUGUCCACUGUGUGUGAAUCCCAUCUGCCGAGAGACGAAAUCUUUCUUUACCGGUCAAGAGCAAUGACGUGAGCUUAUGGAGGGAUACCUUUGGAUGGAGAAGGCCUUGCAACACGUGCCUUUGCGCUCUUUCAUCAGCUCCUCUUUUGGGCUGUCUCACACAAAGUUUUUGUCUCUUGUGGGAAGCGGCCCUUGAACCCGAGGGGUGGUUUACAGUAGGAUACAAGAGGGAUGAACUUGAAACUUGUUUUCUUUUCUGUUGAGGGAUCUAGGGUGGAAGGGAAGUAACGUUCAAGAGCUUCAUCCUGUGGGUUGCUGAGAACACUUGUCUCCUUCUAAAAUGGAUAAGCACGGCAGGGAGGGGGUAGAAACGCUCAGCACCCGUCAGUAUCGAUCCCAACAGUAUCAUUUUCAGCACGUCAAGAGCUGAAUUGUUACAGGUUGGCCACCCCAGCAAUUUCCACUGGGCUUUAAUUCUGUUGACUUAAUUGAUGUUUUCUGGGGAUAAGCGACUGGUAGGUUUUGAUUUUGUCGGAGGGAUCCGUCCUCCAGCGCAGGUCGGCUCGGUUCCGAAAGCCAGCCCCGCAGACUUUUGUUGGAGGAUUGCAACCUAGAUCUCUCGGAGCUCUUAAUAUGCACUAAUCAUAAAGGUAUUUAUCUCAAGCCUUCCAAGUAGGAUAUACAAUUUUUUUUUAACUCUUGGAGUUCUGUAGCAAAUUCAUUGAUCAGCCCAUCGAGUUUUUUUAAUGGCUUUUAAUGAACAAGUGACUUCGAAUUUUUUUUACUAGCCUGUGUGUAUAUAAAUUUUCUUAAACAGAGGUUGGUUUUGUUUUUACAUUUUUUUCCCCACGCAGAAGUGAUUCUGCACCAGCCUAAAAAGGGUUUGCCCUGUGUACGACUGACAAUGCAAUCCUAAGAAGAGUUGCUCCUGUCUAAGCCCAUUGAAAUCAGUGGGCUGAGACUAGCGUUACUCUGCUUAGGAUUACACUGUGAAUUCUCCGAACUGUGUUUACAUACUUUCCUUUGCAGAGAUUUCUGUGGUGUGUGAAGGAAGGAUUUCUCAAGAUGCUCAAGGUGGCCAGGCAGGUGUGCACACUAUCCGAUUAGCAUUGCCUGGCCAUGCAGAGAUGUAGUCUACGACGUGGUGUGAGAUUCCCCAGUUGAUUAUAUCUGUUUCCCAUUAUAUACAGUCUUCCCACGACUGGUUGCUUCCAUGUGGAGGUUUUGCUCCAGUUUGGAGUGGCUUUUUUGGGGGGCGGCGGGGAGCUUCCAGAUGUUGUGGACCCCUAACGGUCCACUUAUCCCCUGCUUUGCUGAAAAGUUCCUAAACUUGGGUUAAUGUUAGAAAAUAUCACAGCCUUUUUGGAAAGAUCACAAAGUGCCUUUUGUGUGCCAUGUGGAUGAGAAGGUGGACAUUUUGAAGGUGUUUUCUCAAUCCAUACAGCCGUCUCCCCCCACACACCCCGGAAAACUUGGGGAGGGGCUUUUAAAAAGCUUAACAAUUGCUAGAUUGCUGUCAUGCAAUAACAUUAAACUAUAUAGUCACAAUGUAGUAGCUCCUCUGAAUCCCUAGCUUUCGUUUGUUCAAAAAAUGUCUGUUGCCCUUUGCUGAGGUAUGAGGUACACCUUUCCCUUUGCAUCUGUGCAAUGAAAAGAGCUGUAUAGUAGCUUAUUAAAAAUAAAAGCUUGGGUCUACUAGAUGAUGGCAAUAGACUGUGAUAAUAUUACUGCACUGUAGCAAUCUAGCAAUGGCCAAUAGUAGACUGUGAUAGUAUUGCUGCGCUGUAGUGAUCUAGUAAUUGCCAGUUUUGAGAAAAGCCCUCUGAUGGCAAAGGAGAAGGGUGGCCAGAGGAAGGUGAGGCAAGGAAAGUGCAGGGGAAAUAGCCAUGGAAAGGGAUGCUCCUUUGCCACUACAAAUACCUGUGCAGUCAGAGCAGCAACAAGGGCUAUGUGGAAAACCAUCAUUGCGUUGGAGCAACCUUUGUGUUCAAUUAUUAGUGUGCAUGCGCAGUCUCCAUUACACUCGUAUUAAACAAAGUGUAUACAUACAUCCACACAGAAUCUUUUUGGGGGGCAGAGAGAUUCCAGUUUAUGGGGAUCCUGUACAAGCAACGUGUCAGGAUGGAAACUAGCAAAUGUUGACAUUUACCUGUAACUUUAGGAGGCCUACUGGGAAAUGUCAGAAAUAUUUGUGUCACAAGCACUUAUUUUUGCCGUUUGACUCUCUGGGCUUGCUCUGAGAAGAGAUGGAAAUGAAGUGGUUGCUAGGGUAGUGGCAGAUUUCAAAGGGUAGUGGCAGAUUUCAAGAUUUUCAGCAUUUCUGGAAUUCUCUGAAGAACUGUUGGUAAAUGUUAAUAUUUUCCAAACUUCUGAUCCCUAACACCAAUAGGUACAGUUCAGUUAUCAGUUGGAAUUUCUCCAGAAACUGUCCAUUAAUGCCACUCCGAACUGGCCCAGAUUGUUGAAAAUGUUUUUUUUUCCCCCAUUGAUUCACAUGGGCUGGCUUUGGGUUCACAUGGAUUGCUGCUGCCGUCAUUUCCACACGAUGCUUAAGUUUCUGUGCAGGGUGUCUUCUUCUGGGCACCCAAGUUUCAUUGAGGGCUUCCUUCUAUGGGACCAUGUCAGAAUGCAAGUCUCUUCUUCAGAGCGGCUGUAUAGAUUUGCUUAGCGCUUUCCAGCUGUCAAGACACUGUGGUUUUUGUGGGAUUUCUCUAGAUGCAAAUUGAUCCAGAUUUAAUUCAUCUUGUCAAUUAAAUUCCCCCAAAUGAUCUGUUAGAACAUUUUUCAAGCUCGUGGUCAAUUUAUGAGAGAUUGGCGGUUACCGUGACCCUCUUUCAUUAGCAGAUGAAGGAUUAGAUACAUCCUUCAUUUAGGAAAAUAAAAUAUUCCACUAUUGGGGUUUUUUUAAGGAGGGGGCAGGUAUGGUUAGUAAAUUUGAAAGGAUAUGGGCAGGGCCUAACUGACCUUCCGGCUAGUCCUGUACUGCUGGUCUCUAGAUCUUCCAGUCUCUACAAAACUGGUGCUGGGUAGCAGUCUUGGGUUCCAAUGUAACCGCAGUCACAGAUAUGUUGAGUGGCCUUAGCCAAGCCUCCAUCUCUGCCUCUUCUGUAAAUGCACUGUGAGAGUAAAAAUGUUGGCCUACCUUACUGAUUUGUUGUGAUCGUUCCUGAGGACAAUGAAUUGUAUGGGAAGUGUUUUGCGCACAUACUUAAGGUGCUAUAUGAAUAAGGAUUGCAAUUAUUGUUUAGCAAAUUAAUUGCUUGGAUUCGUGAAUUAAAAUGUUUUGAUUGCCUGACAA